AUGUCGUCUAUGGAGCAUGUGCCACUGGCGACACGAUUGCGGGCGCGGCGGAUGUCGACUGUGCUACCCACCCGCGCUGGAGCCCCGCUGGCAGACACGGCCAUGACGCUGCGGCGGAUGCGCAAGACGCGGACGCACACAGCUGUGCUCGGCAAGGUGAGCGAGGUGGAGAGGGCAAGGGUGCGAAAGCAAGCGGGGAGCGAGGUUGUCGACGACUGGAAGGCCGUGGCGGCGUAUCGGCUCGACUACUUCUUUGCCACCUUUCCGAGCUCAAAGUACCUUCUGCUCGCCGUCGUCACCGCCGUCCUCAUCGUUGUGGGUGGCUUGCUGUACUACGUUGCGGCGUGGGACCGAUCGCUGAGUGAAGCCUUGUGGAUGUCGUGGGUCAUGGUUGCAGACCCGGGCACACACGCCGAGGAGAAUGGCCUUGGCCCACGGGCAGUCGGCGUCGCUCUCACUCUCGGCGGCAUGCUCUUCUUUGCUUUGCUCGUCGGUCUCAUCGGCGACGGCAUUGCCCAGAAGAUGGAGUCGCUUAAGGAGGGCCGUUCGGCGGUUGUCGAGUCGGGCCACUCGCUCAUUCUCGGCUGGACGCCCAAUAUUGUGCCCAUGAUUGUGCAGAUUGCGCUCGCCAACGAGUCCGAGGGCGGUGGGACGGUGGUCAUCAUGGCGGCCAUGCCCAAGGAGGAGAUGGACACCAUGCUCAUGGAGGAGCUGAGUCCAGAGAUGCUGCGCGGAACGCGAGUUGUCACUCGCUCCGGUUCGCCCAUCGACGUUUACGAUCUGCGCAAGUGCUCGGUCCCGACGGCGCGCUCGAUCGUGGUCCUCUCACCCGGCGGCAGCGCCGACGAAGCCGACGCUCAGGUUGUCCGCUCGUGCCUGGCGCUCGCGUCGUCGCCGUCGCUCUCGGGCCAUGUCGUGGUCGAGCUCUCGGACGUUGACAACCUGGACAUUGUCAAGCUCGCCAUGUCGUCGUCGUCCGUAGAGGUCAUCCCCGUCGUGGCCCACGACAUCAUGGGCCGCAUCAUGAUCCAGUGCUCACGCGAGCCAGGCCUCGCCUCCAUCUUUGCCCACCUCCUUGAGUUUGACCGCAACGAGCUCUACGUCCAAGUCUGGCCGCAACUGGAGGGUGUGUCGUUUGCCGCGGUCCUCGCAGCCUUUGACGGCGCUGUUCCAGUCGGCAUCAAGUACGGCAACUCCCGAGCAGGCAAAUCGCCGCUCGUCAUGCUUCCGCCGUCCGACUACGUUCUGCAAACUGGCGACGCCGUUGUCGUCAUUGCCGAGGACAACGACUCGUACACCCUCCGGCCGCGCUCGGCCUGGGCUCUGCCCGGCUCGCCAUCGCCUGCGCUCGACGCGCCCGAGCCGCCGCACCCGGCAGAGCACGUCCUGUUCUGCGGCUGGCGCCGCGACGUCGAGGACAUGAUCGUGGAGCUCGACCAGUGGGUCGCACCAGGCUCGUCCCUCACCGUCCUCUCCCCGCUUACCCUUGCUGAGCGCCACGAGGCGACCCGCGAUGGCGUCAUCCCGUCGACAACCAACAUGAACCUCUAUCAUGUGACCGGCAACCCCAUCGCGCGAAGCCAGCUCGAGGCACUCCCACUCGAGCACUUUGACGUGGUCAUGGUCCUUGGUGGCGACAACGCCGGCGCGCCGUCGUCCGGCAUGGCUUCAGACUCGCAGACUAUGGUCACCAUGCUCCUCGUCCGCGACAUCCAGACCAAGCGUGGCAACCCCGACUCGGUCAUCGUCUCGGAAAUCCUCGACCCGCGCACCACCUCGGUCCUGCACAUUAUCGCUGAGCAGUCGGUCAUGGCUGACAUUGUUGACGCCCUUUUCACCGCAGAAGGCCCCGAAAUUCACAUCAAGCACAUGUGGCUCUACGCCGACGACGGCGAGACGCUUUCCUUCUACCAGCUUACUUCGCGCGCGCUCGCGCGCGGCCACAUCCUCAUCGGCUACCGCAGGCCCGACACUGAUCCUGAUCCUGUUCUUAACCCCCUCGACAAGUCCACGCCCAUCGUCUGGCACAAAGACGACUACGUUGUCGUCAUCUCCGAGGACUAG